AUGAUCGAACAACAGAAGCAGCGCAUUGAGAUGGAGAUCACUAAACAGCUGGAUGAUCUUGAUCGUAAUGUAUUGCGUAAAAUGCAAGCUGAUAUGCAUGAUUGUGCGGCAAGAUGUUGCAAGGAUACUGCGUCCUCGAUGGAUACGGUGCAGCAGUGCGUCGAACGAUGCUCCAUUCCUGCUCAACGUGCCCAGCAACAUGUGGAAACGGAGAUAAACUCCUUCAAUAGUCGCCUGCAGCGUUGUGUAAUGGAUUGCAAUGAUACAAUCAAGGACAAGAUGGGGUCGAAUCCAUCGGAAGGGGAUAUUGCUAAAUACACGGCCGAGUUCGAAAGGUGUGCAAUCAAAUGCGUCGACAAGCAUGUAGCAAUCUUGCCAAAUAUGUUCUCCAGUAUGCGAAAAGUUCUGCAAAGCAGAGCGUCAUCAUAA